UGUUGCUCUGGAACACAGGUCUGUCUCCCACAAAACUCCAUCACUACUGUACAUUGUAUCAUCAAGUGCUGAUUUGGAGCCAUGUGCACAUCUUGGUCCAAAGAAUGCUUCAGAUGUUUUGCCAAGUUUUAAUCCACAUGUAUGAACAAUGCAUCAACAGUUUUAACGAUCAAAUAUUUACUGGACACAUCUUUUUUUUUUAGCAACAUUAUGCUAAAAGAUGUCAGCCAUGAAUUCAACCCAGGAAGUCCUCGACAAUAAGGAGCCUACUAUCGGCAAGUGGGUCUGCCAGUUAUUCAUUGCAGAAGGAGUCAUUGGUAUCUUAGGAAACCUCUUAGUGUGCUUGGUCAUUCUACGCGUCAAAUUCCUACACAACAUGACAAACUAUCUGCUGGUGAAUUUGGCUGUGGCCGAUAUGCUGCUUUGUCUAUAUAAUAUUUUCAGUGGUCUGCUAUAUAAUGACGACUGUAAAAUAAUUGACUAUGUCCACAAAUCAUUUGGUGAAAAGGUUGUUUUCUGCCGUUUCCUGCAAUCACCCUUUUUAUCAUGGGUUUUCUCGUAUGCAUCAGCUUACAAUCUCUGUGUGGUAACAUUAGAGAGAUAUGUUGCUAUAGUGCAUCCACUACAGUAUGCAAGGAAACUCACAGCAACACGGAUGAAAAUUCUGAUUGCUCUGAUCUGGAUGAUAUCAUUUCUAUUUUCGUUACCAUUUAUAUUUCGAUUACAACCCAGCAAAGAUCCAGACCUGGCUUGCUCAAAAAUUGAAUACCAAGACAAUACAUUUCACAUUCUGCUUGGAGUAUUUGCAUUUUGCUCAGUAUACUUGCUGCCACUUACAUUGAUGAGUUGGGCCUACUACAAGAUACAAGUCACUCUCAAACGACAAGCAAAAGCCCUGAACCUGCGACAUGCAAGGGCAGCAGCCUAUGAUCUUGUGAUUGCUAGACAACGUCUGGUCAGCAUGCUUACAAUCGUCUUAGGAGCUCUCAUCAUCCUGUGGACACCAGCUGACACCAGUGUUCUUUUCUGCUUGCAUCUUCCAGACAAAGGUCCAUUUUCCUUCUGUGGUUCCCAAGGCUUCAAGUACUUCAAAGGAAUUGCAAACUGUAUGUUUUAUUUCAAUUCAGUCAUUAAUCCCAUCAUCUAUGAGUAG